AGACCGUCAUCUAGACUGCUCGCAUUGAGUCACGUGAAAGAGGUGGUGGACGCCGCCUUCGCUGGCAUUGCAGAUCAAAUUGCAUGAGCUCCUAGCUCUCGAGAGUCCAGAGUGUCGCACCCUUCGGGCACCUGUUCGCAUGGUUCUGUCACAGCACGUUAGUUGAGCCAUCCUGUGGCAGACAGAAAUUCUGGAGCAUAUCAGUGUGGCUGUCGCGUAGUUGCCGUCUGGCUUGGAACGGCCUUCGUGGUCUGGUCUUUUGGAUCAAGCUGGAUAUUCUGAUUUGUCUCUGACUGUAUCAGCAUUUUGCCCAUCCUGACAAGCGAAAUUUUCCAUCCUUACCGGAUGCAAAAUGGCGCAGCCAGCUGUGACGCAGUCGCCGGCCGCCUCUCCUCAACACACAGCUUCUCAUGCUUCUGUCGCAUCCCCAGCUGCGCCUCAAAUCGCUUUCCUUGGCCAGUCCGUUAUUCCUCUAGUCAACAAACUUCAGGACAUAUUCGCUCAGCUUGGAACGGGUGCUGCCAGCAUUGAUCUCCCUCAAGUGGCUGUCGUUGGUAGUCAGAGCAGCGGGAAAUCAAGCGUCUUGGAAGCUCUAGUUGGUCGCGACUUCUUGCCAAGGGGUCAAGACAUCUGUACCCGUCGACCCCUUGUACUGCAACUGGUACAGACUGUUCGGAGAGAGCAUGCAGACAGGGCAGGAGAUGUGGCGGAAUGGGGAGAGUUUCUGCAUCUCCCUGGCAGACGAUUCACAGACUUCGGAGCAAUUCGGAAAGAGAUACAGGCUGAGACAGACAGGGAGAGUGGCGUGAACAGAGGCAUCUCUGAAAAGCAGAUUCGGCUGAAGAUCUUUUCACCAAACGUGCUCAACAUUACUCUAGUAGACCUGCCAGGCAUCACGAAAGUGCCAACUGGGGAUCAGCCAACAGACAUUGAGGCCCGCAUUCGGACCAUGGUCCUGUCCUACAUCAAACACUCGACGUGCUUGAUCCUGGCCGUUUCCCCUGCCAAUGCGGAUCUGUCAAACUCGGAUGCCCUGCAAAUAGCGCGGAUUGCUGAUCCUGACGGUUCCAGGACGAUCGGCGUUAUUACAAAGCUUGAUAUCAUGGACCGGGGCACGGACGCGCGUAACAUCCUUUUGGGGAGUGUCGUGCCUUUGAAGCUUGGAUACAUUGGGGUCGUGAACCGCAGCCAAGAGGACAUCAACUCUAACAAGAGCAUCCGUGAUGCCGUGUCUUAUGAAGAGCAGUUUUUCAGGAGCCGACCGGUGUACCAUAGUCUCGCCGACCGCUGCGGAAUCCAGCAACUCGCACUCAAGCUGAACGCGAUACUUGUCAAGCACAUUCAGUCGAUCCUACCGGAUCUUCGGGCACGCAUCAACGCCCAGAUUGUUACGCUUCAGAAGGAACUGGUUGGGUACGGGGAGGUCACCGAGUCCAAGUCUGGCCAAGGCGCGCUUCUUCUCAACAUUCUCACACGGUACUCGAAGUCAUUCGGAGAGACUGUGGAUGGCAAAAACGAGAACAUGUCAACUCACGAGUUAUCUGGAGGGGCCCGCAUCCAUUAUAUAUUCCAGGCGAUCUUCGUGAAGAGUCUUGAGGAUGUCGACCCCUGCGACGAUCUUUCGGAUGAGGACAUCCGAACGGCGAUUCAGAAUGCAACAGGCCCGCGCAGCGUUCUUUUUGUGCCAGAGGUUCCGUUCGAGAUGCUCGUCCGGAGGCAGAUUGCUCGCCUGCUGGAGCCGUCCCUGCAGUGUGCGCGCUUUGUGUAUGAGGAGCUUGUGAAGAUCUCGCACCGCUGUGAAACCCUGGAGCUCCAGCGCUUCCCAGUGCUGCGGCGCCGCGUCGAUGACGUCGUGUCAAACUUUUUGAGAGAGGGACUCAUACCUGCUGAGACCAUGAUUGGGCACCUCAUCGAGAUGGAGAUGGACUACAUCAACACAUCGCAUCCAAGCUUCGUGGGAGGCAGCAAAGCUGUGGAGAUGGCGCUGCAGGAUCGACGAAGCUCGAAGGAAGCUUCGGAAUGGAAGGACUCCGGAGCAGACAGGCUGGCUGUUCCGGACAAGGGGACAAAGGCACGGGGCAUUCUUUCUCGAUCCAAAACUCCUCCGCCCGAUUUCAGCCGGCGAUCAAGCGAAAACAACACGUCCGCAGAGAGGGCCUCUACGUCGAGUAGCAACGGUCUUAACGCAGGCGGGUGGGGCAUCACGUCUAUCUUCCACACGGAGCGGACGAGGGGAGAGAUCACGAGCACGCGGGUGUUCUCGGAGACCAUGAUUGGGUCCGAGCCGCUCGUCAGCGUCCGGCUGAAAGAGCCGCCUCAAGUUCUCCGAGCGGCGGAUGCGGCCACCGAGCAGGAGACGAUCGAGAUCGCGGUGACACGUGUCCUCCUCAAGUCGUACUACGACAUCGUCCGCAAGAACAUCCAAGACCAAGUGCCGAAGGCGAUCAUGCACUUCCUGGUGAACCACGUGAAGCGGGAGCUGCACAGCGUGUUCAUCAGGAAGCUAUACCGGGAAACCUUGUUCGACGAGGUUCUGCAAGAGCGCGAGGAGGUUGCCCAGAAGCGCCGGCGGUGCAAAGAGAUUUUGAAGGUGCUCCAGCAGGCCUCGUACACGCUGGAAGAUCUCCCGCUCGAGGACGGCGUGACGUCAGCAUUCAGCGGCGUCACUCUGGGCGGCAACGAAAUGACCCCUUCCUCGAUCUUUUCCGCCAACAUGGCUCUCAGCAGUCUGUCUACCCCGCGAUUAGUGUCCAGCAAAAGUAUGUUCAAGAGGCCCGAUGAAAGCGUCGGUAAUGGGAGUACUAGUCCGGUGUCAAACGGUCCCUCGCUCGGCCCUGGUUUGGGCGGGCCCGGUUUUCGUGGUUAGUCAAGUGUCUGGUUGGGCUUGCUACUUCUAGCUGGGGUUGACUUGGCUGUCUCGUGAUUGACAUGUUAAUUGCAAACGCAAGCUGCAUAUGCUAAUAUCUGGGAUACAAUAGAGGGGUGGCAGCUGCUAUUUCGACAAAGAUAGACGGGCGGAUGAUACUGGACCAGGUAGUGAGGGUGGAUGGCCACUCGAGAUAACCGCUCGAUGUAAUAAUGUGGGCGAGUAAUUUGAGCCCUCAAAUCUGUAUGCACGCUCUUUUGAGCAGAGCAUCUCCUUCAUACCUCGAUGGCAAGAAAGCAACAUUAGCAGCUGCAAAACUUGGAACCGAAUUGCACUGUUCACUGUCUAUGACUAAGGAUGUUAUUCCUUGAGCAAAGCCAAAGUUGACGAG